CUGACAGGACUUUAGCGGGCUUACUUUCGAUGUAGUGUCGACAGUGUAAUACAGUUAGCAAGCAAUUUUUGAUAAAUAGGAAGGCUUCUUAAAAGUAAGAACUUGAACAGUAUAUGAGGCGUUUACUUCUUACGUCGAUACGCAACAAAAACGAAUUGGAGUUUUUUUCCUGCCUCGUAUUCUUUAGUAGCAAAGUCUCCACGCUAACUAGCUAGCUAAUGUUAUUGUUAGCUAACUUGAAUAUUUAGAAUUUUAGUAAUGCGUCGUAUUGGACAUUUAUCCUAUUUUAUUUUCACGAGAAACGGCUCAUAAUCAAGAGGCCGAAAAAAAUUACUAUUUCAGAUGGCAGUAGCCCCUUCUUCAAUGGCAGAUAAGAUCAUAGUCCUUGAUGAUGAAGAGGAGAGUCCUCAGCCUUCCUGCUCUGCCUCCACCUCAUCCUCUAACCAUCAAGCCAAAAAAUUUUCACAACUCAACGCUCAGCAACCAGCUCCUACUCACAUUACAGAGUCACCUUUUGCAACUGCAAAGAAGAAGACACAUGUUUUGCAGGCAGAAAAUGAGAGACUGUUCACUGAGUUUGUGGAGCACUGUUCACCUCUCACACAGGACUGCCCUGAGGUUUUAUCUUUUCUCAAAACCAAGCAUGCCAAGGCCACUCCUGAGUUCUUGACAUCGGUGGAGUUUAGGAAUACUUUGGGACGAUGUUUGACUCGUGCUCAGGCCAAUCGCUCAAAAACCUUUGUCUAUAUUAAUGAACUGUGCACUGUACUCAGGCAGCAUAGUGGCAAGAGGAGACAGAGCCUCAGUAGAGUAGAGCCUGGCCCUUCUACCUCAUCAGGUUCUCUUCAGUCUACCUCUGCUCUACUCAAAAAAGAGGACAAGACUACAGCUAAGAUGACAGAAGAAGACGGGGUGCAACAGGGGAUGGAAGAACAACCUUCCACCUCAGGGAUGCAGGAUGACAACGAGGAGGAUGCGGAGGAAGUCAAAAAGGCAAGAAGAAAGCUCAAGAAACAGAUAGCGUAUCUGGAGAACCUGCUGAAGGUAUAUAAUGAGGAGAUCCACCGUCUGCAAGAGGCAGAACUGAGUUUGGAUGACAUGGGAGCUGAGGACUCUUUAUACAUCCAGGAGAGCUCACUCAAACGCAAGAUGAUGAAGAUUUAUGAAAAGCUGUGUGAACUUAAGGGUUGCAGCACAUUAACAGGCCGAGUCAUCGAACAUAAGAUCACCUACAAGGGCACUCGUUAUCCAGAGAUCAACAAGAAGAUUGAGCGUUUUAUCAACAGCCCAGAUGCCCGGAAGAACACUCCCGACUACCCAGACAUCCUUCACCAGGUGCGGCGUGCCACAGAACGUCAUAAUCUCUGCCUGAGCAAAAAACAGCAAAACGACAUUGCUAAGGAGGCGUUCAGGGAAACCGCAAGCAGCAUGCAGGAAAGACGCCACCUGGACCUCGUGUACAACUUUGGGUCACACCUCACCGAUGAGUACAAACUUGGUAAAGAUCCGGCUCUUUCUGACCCCUCUCUGCAGCGAAAACUGCGAUCCAACAGAGAACUGGCUCUCUCCCGUCUGGAGGAGGUCAUCACCAAGUAUUCAGUCAAACAAGAGGACACAGAAGAGAGGGAGAGAAAUGCACAUUCACAGAAAGAUCGAAAGGACAAAGAGGGUAAGAAAAGUAAGAAUAUGAAUGGAGUUGAAGAGGAAGAAGAAGAAGAACAGGAGGAAGAGGAUGAUGACGAUGAGGAGGAUGAAUCGUCAGACCCGGAUAUAGAGGAGGAGAUAAAGGCCAGCACUCAGCAGGACGGACCAGAUGAGGAGAGUGAUGAAGAUGACAGUAAUGAAGCUGGUGACGGCGACGACAAUGAGGAGUCAGGGAAUGUUUCUAUGAAGGAAGAAGGAAGCGUGAAAGAUGAAGAAGAGGUGGUCACAAGUGAACCCAGUCCUAAACCUGGUCCUCUAAAUAGGCGCCUCAUCUCUCCACUGUCUGACAUGCCCUCCCCCAUGGACAGCCCCAGCCAAUCAGAGCCUGUGGAGACUGACGAUCAGAGGCUGUUGUCUAAUGGUAUCCCUGCAAGAGCAGAAGAGCCGGUUGAUUCCUCCAAUCAAGUUUCAGUUGUGCACGUGACCACCAGUAAAGCCACUGAGGGCACCGUGGAUGCCUCCACAAUGGCAGCCAAUGGAGUGCCAGUGCCCUUAGCACCAACAGUGAUCAUAAAACCAUCUGAUACUCAGACCAACGGCAGAUCACCUCCUCCCAGCCCCAGAACUACAAGGAGCAAGAAGAGGAAGAGGGAGGAUAUGACAUCAGGGACCGCUGAAAAUCAUAAGCACAUAAUCACAAAUGACAGUGAGACGGAUAUCACUCUGGAUAUGGGUGUUUAUUGCUACGGUUCCCCGCAGCAGGCAGAGUCAACCCGAGCCGACACUCCAACGCACGACCUGGUCAGCAGCUCUCAGUCGACACCACCACCGAAGAAGAACAAGGUCAAUGUCGCCACCCAGUGUGACCCCCUGGAGGUCAUUGUCCUGUCAGACUCAGAGUGAUGUUUGACAUUUUAACUCUCAUCGUACUGGAAGACUUUUUCUCAUCUCUAAAAUAUUCAGGAUGUUAUUUCCUGAAGUCUCCAAGGACCCUCCUGUCUGUCAGGUUUUUCCAAUCUCAAAUCUGCUGAAAAAGAUAAUCAUGACAAAAGCUACAGGCAUUUCCAGGUAUAGUAUAUAUGACAGGGAUCCUUAUGUAUGCCAUUCAGUGACAUGCUGCCACACAAACGCAGACACGUAUUCUUGUAAUAAAUUAAAAUGCUUAAAAGGAUGUUUUUUUUGUGCACCAGAGGGUGGUUUUAUUUUCCUCAUGUGGACAUUGGCUCAUGUCAGUUGGACAUCAGUUUCCUUUUCUCCUCGUUGGUGGAGCUAAAGGUGUUUUAGGUGAAGCCAACAGACAAACCUGGUCUUUCCCAGGCUCACAGUGCAACUUUACUAAUACCUGUCGUCAGCUCAGAGGUGACGUUGACACUGAUAAGCAUUUUCUUCUGGGAUGUGCGUCCUCUGGCCUAAAUCCUGAACUUCCAUUAAUUUGGUUUAGGUCCCUUCUAGUGCCUGAGAAAAUAAAAUGUAGACUGGGGAGACGCACCUGACUGACAGAGGUCAGCACACCACCAGUUUGUUUACAUUUUUAUAUGUCACACAUUUUGUCAUAUGGGAGAAGGAAAGGAAUGUCUGUAUAAAUUUUAGGAUAACAUUGUUCUACAUUCUGUUGCCGUUUCUGAUCCCCAUGGAGUGAGUGAGCUGUGUGCUGUGUAUGCUGGUGUUAACGGUGUGAGGACUGCGGCUGUGAUUGAAUACAAUAUUGACAUGUUUUAAUUCUUUCCUUAAUGUUAAGAAACAUUUUUAUUUUCAGGUAUAAAAUAAAUAAAGCUUUAUUUUUGGUUUCGUUGACCUGUAGCUGCUGCUCAUCAUAUGAUUGUUGGAUUUUCCAGAUAGAUAAAUACACAGAUGUCUAAAGGGUGACGCUUUAAUGGCGGCAAAUCCGAAUUCAUCCAUUCACAUUGAAAUUGUAAAAAAAGAUGGAAACGAACCAUGAAUGUUUCCUAAUAAAUUUUUACUAUGAUUCCUCUGUGCUGUAGUGCUCAGAUUUUGUCUUAAAACUCUUAAGUUACAGAAGCCAAGGAUCUUUUCACCUACCAUUCACACAAAUACUUUAUUAUAUUAUAUCUCCAUUUUUAAAACAGGAACUAGAACCGGCAGUGCUCAGAUGUUGAAGGAUAGAUUGUGUCUGAAAAUGGCCUAUGACUGAUGGCACUGAUGUCUUGGAUCAAAUGAAUACAAUUAUUCUCCGACUGCAUUAAAACGAAAACUUUGUCUUUUUUUUUUUUUUUUUUUUUUUUUUUUAAGAUUUCAACUUAACUCUGGUUAGAGAUCUUAACAAAACCUUCCACAGCACAUCAGCAGCAUUAGAAAGAACGCAGCACAGUGAUUUACUUUUAUUUCGAAAUAAAAGUAGUCUAAAUUUCAGUGUUACAUUAGCAGACUUCUGUUGCAUAUUUAGAGUAAAUUCAUGUUUUUUUUAAUCCGUUGGACAGCUGAUCACUCAGAGCUCCAACAUUUAAUGAGUGGCAGUGUUAUGUGUCGUCCCAAGAAUAAAUAGAAUUUAGUUUUUUCAGCUUUUUGUGUUUGCGCAUUUUCACGAGAUGAGGUUUUGUUGUUUUUGCAGCUGAGCUCAUGUUGAUUUAAAGUGUUGAUUUCCAGGGUGAAAUGAUAUUUCUGGGUAAAUGAUCUUUUCGAGGUUGUGACAGUACUGACCUGCAGUAUCUGAGUUUAUGCAGAGGAAGUAUCUAUUGUUCACUGUGAAUCUUUUCUUUGUCAUUUUUGAUAAUAUGAAAAUAAAAACUACAUUUUGUAAA